AUGGUCGAAGUCGCGACCGCUUCUCCUGUCCCUGUUCUAGUUCCUCAGGACUCCGUUUCUCCCUUAUCGGAUGUCACGCUACCUGUGGAUUUCCAACAAAACACUCCGGAGAUACAACCAAAGCAGGAAGGGGACAGCAAGCAUCCUACCCGCGACCCUCACGUCCUUCCCACAUUCUCGGAACGUUCCCAAUCUCCGAUCCUUUAUCUCCCCCCGCUGUUGUCCUCCCUCCCGGUCGGGGUGAUAGUUCCCAAUCACCCUACCUCUUCGCCGGCAUUUGCCUCUCCCAGUGCUCCACGACCCCUUGCUACCGACUCCCGGCUUCCAUCUAUCGACGGGCCGUCGCUGUCCUUGCACCGUGCUCUGCACCACUUCCGCCCCGUGACCGAGGACUACGCCACGGUACCAUACCACGAAGCGUUCAACUGGAACGAGCUGGAGCUCCCCGAGGACGAGGAGCGCGAGUGGUACUGCGUCGCGUUCCGCAGCAAGCGGAAGGAGGGGAGCGACGGAGGACCGCUAUACGACGCGGACAGGAAGGCGCACGAGGAAGCUGUGCAGAACGGUGGUUUGAUCCUGUACUGGUAUGGCACUCCCCACCCGACGACAAGCCUUAACCUCGCCACCUGCAUUUGGCAAUCUCGCGCUCACGCGGCUGCGGCUAACUCGCGUCCCCACCACAUACGCGCGAUGCGCCUCGCCGCGGCGUCAUACGAGCGGUACGAGCUCGAACGGUACCGCCUGAAGAAGGUCAAGGGCGAGCCCCGCGUGCAUGUGGAGCCCUAUGACGGCGGCGACGUCGGGUUUUAGAGGGUUCGAUUGGUAGUCAUCCGAUCGUUACUGACUUGUCUCGGCUUUCUUGUGCUAUACCUGCUUUGCAUCGCUUUCGAUUCAUGUUGGCUGUCGUGGAGGUUUCGCAUAUCGUUAUAUCCCCAGGUUUGACUAGGCUUGUCUCUGUUACGGUAGAGUAGAUGCUGCUUGCACACGAGACUUGAAGCACGCUAUUGGAACCCUGAAUAUAUCCUGAGACU